AUAAAAGUGGGUGGGGUUUUAUCACUCAUUACAUUAGUCAUGCAUGCCUGGUUUUGUUUUGACCUGCAGUUUGCACACAGAGGAGAGAGGUCUGACUUUGAUUAUUUCUCAGAGAUGGACACUUCUGCAGGAUGGAUACUCUGGACAAUGUUGAGUUGUUUUACUGCUCUGGACUGCACUGCACUGAGAGUAACAGUGAGGGACUCCACAGUCGAGGUGAUUCGAGGAGAUUCUGUUGUCCUGACCUGCUCCUUCUUCACCUCCAGCCCCCUGACCAGACUGAACAUUAUCUGGACCCUUACCCCAUUCUCUAGUCCAGAAUCACCAAUACAGGUGAUUGUGUACGACCACGGACAGGUGAUUGAAAACCCAUCGCUCGUUGGCAGGGUGGCGUUUACAGGGGUUCCCUGGAGCGCGGACAUUGUUCUGAAUGACACAUGUGUAUCAGACGCUGGUGUUUACCGCUGCAUGAUCAACAACCCCCCAGAGACAGCAGAUCCAGGCAUUGGAGAACUGGUCCUCAGUGUUCUGGCGCCGCCCUCGCUGCCUGUGUGCCAGUGGGACAGGGAUAUUGAUUUGGGAGGAAGUGUCACACUGACCUGCACGGUGGCCGACGGCGCUCCCACUCCACAGAUCCGCUGGCAUAAACUGAAUCCAGAUAAACUGGCACUCCCUGUCAACAUGGAGGGUGAUCUGACAGGCUCUGUCCACAUUGUGAACGCGUCCUCUCAGACAUCCGGUCUGUAUCAAUGUUCUGCCUCCAACUUCUUAGGGACACAAAACUGCUACGUCAACUUGUCCAUCUACAACACCCCAGACAGUUCCUCGGGGCUGCUGCAGGGAGUGCUGCUGACUCUGUCUAUGACCUUGAUGAUGCUGGUGCUGUUGGUGGUGAUCCUGUGGCUCCAUCGCACAAGGCUGGAAGUCAAAGAUGACCAGUGUUACAACGAAAUACGGUACACAACUUCUUUGAAGCGUUCGUUCGUCUGAUUUCUCCACAUCUGCACGAAUAAAGACCAGGAAU